GCAUGUUUCGUAAUUAAUAAGUGAUCAUGUCUAAAAAAUGUGCUGUUAAAGGGUGUGAAAAUCGCUAUAGACAUAGGAAAUCAAAUUUGACUUUUCACCGCAUCCCAAAAGACCCUGAAAUAAGGAAGAAAUGGGUUCUGGCGUGUAAAUAUGAUGAUAGCCGCCGCCGCCAUGACACCGACGCCAGAGUAUGCUGCACGCACUUUGAGGAGUCUUCAUAUGAGCCCACCAGUUUAAAGUAUACACUACUCAAUAUAGCAGUGCCAAAAAAUCAACGACGACUUAAGGCUGGAGCUGUACCAACGAUAUUACUGCCACACCAACAAGAUGAUGAAGCCCAGAAUGGUGCCACAGACAGCUGUGUGACCUCAUCACCUCACACAGGUCAACAUUUUGAGACCAAAGAUGAUGCAGCCCAGAAUGGUGCCACAGACAGCUGUGUGACCUCAUCACCUCACACGGGUCAACAUUUUGAGACCAAAGAUGGUGCAGCCCCGAAUGAUGCCACAACCAGCUUUGAGAAUGACAGUGUAGGGGAGAAUGAGCUCCACCUUCAGGUUCAGCAGCUGUUACAAGAUAGAACAUCAUUACAAAGAAUAGUUGCAGAAAGAGAAGCGAAGAUAGUUGUUCUUCACAAGGCAAAAUGA